GCAUACUGACUGGCUGGCUGGAACGGUAGCGGAUUGCUGUAAGUAUCGCGCUUGCGGGCGAUUCUAUGGCGUUUCGCUCACAACAGCGCUCGUUUUGCACGUGAACGUAUGAGGUAGUUAACGGACACACUGCACAAUGCGUGAAUACAAGUUAGUAGUCCUCGGAUCAGGAGGUGUCGGCAAGUCUGCGCUGACUGUUCAGUUUGUCCAAGGCAUCUUUGUGGAAAAGUACGACCCCACAAUAGAAGAUUCAUACAGAAAGCAAGUGGAGGUGGAUGGACAGCAGUGUAUGCUGGAAAUUCUGGAUACAGCUGGAACGGAACAAUUCACAGCCAUGAGGGACCUGUACAUGAAGAAUGGCCAGGGCUUUGCACUAGUAUACUCCAUAACAGCACAGUCCACCUUCAACGACCUGCAGGACUUGAGAGAACAGAUUCUGCGGGUCAAAGACACAGAUGACGUGCCAAUGAUCCUGGUGGGUAAUAAGUGUGAUCUGGAAGACGAGAGGGUGGUCGGGAAAGAACAGGGCCAGAAUCUCGCCCGCCAGUGGAACAGCUGCGCUUUCCUGGAGUCUUCUGCAAAGUCCAAGAUUAACGUCAAUGAGAUCUUCUAUGACCUGGUCCGGCAAAUCAACAGGAAAACUCCAGUACCUGGAAAGGCACGCAAAAAGUCCACCUGCCAGCUGCUCUAAUAUACAGCUGUUCUUUUGCUCUGAGCCAGGUCUGAUUUACUGCUGUGUCUUUCAGCAGUGCCAGCAUUCCCACGUUACUAAAACCUAACAUCGAAUGGACUUUCCUGUGUGGUGAUGCCCCUUUAACAAACCAACCAACAACCAACCAAUGGAUUCAAGGCUACAGUACCAUGUCGGUUUUUUGCACAUAGAUAACCAUCAUCACUUUCCAAUGUCGCGAGAAAAAGAUUUUUACAUAUAAUUAUAUAAAGAUAUAUUCUAACUGUAUGCAACUGAAUAAAAAAAUGAAAUGAGUAAAUGAAUAAAGAGCUAGACAAAAGAAUUUAAAAAAAUACAAAGCCUACACGCAGUGUUAUCGCUAACGGAGACAGCCACCGUUGUAAAUGAGGGAAUGUCUAAUCAGGCUGUGCACGUCGCCAUGGCAAUUACAAUGAUAUUUAUAAGCACCACUAUUUUAGCCAGAGAGGAGAGGAAGUCCAAAGAUCUCCUUUAUAAACCAUUCAUACAGCUAACUUUCACUUAUUGUUUUUUAUUUUUAUUUUUUUUUUUUUCAUUAUUUUGAUGAUUUUGUUUUUUGUAAUUUUUUUUUUUUUUUUUUUUUUUUUUUUUGCUUUUAUUAAUGAUUUCUUUCUCUCCUGCCUUUUCUCUUUUAUUAAAUUACUAGAUUUUUCCUCUAUGGAGAUGUUAUAUUCGCAACAGCUAUUGAUAUGAGUUUUACUUUAGGAAAAAAAAAAACCUGUGGAUACAGUGAUGUACAUGUAAAAAGUUCAAAAAUAUAAUUUUUCUGUCAUUUAUCAUAUUGUCCAUAGCCUCAGAUGUUGCCUUCAAAUGUGUUGAGACCUUUUUGUCUUUUUCUUUAUUUUCCCUGGAGAAAAUCCAUCUACAAGUCAUUUCCAUGAUCUUAGGUCCAUCUCUUAGGCCAUGUCAGGUUCCUUUGUUUACAAAGAAGUUUGUUCAGCAGGCUUUUUUUUCCAAGAUAUUUCCAAAAAUAAAAAGGGGUAUUUGAUCAUUUAGUUUUGGACUUCACUAAUGAGGGACUCAUCUCUCUGAAGCUCUUCUUUUUGGGUGGUCUUAUACAAAUAGUCAAAUCCCCCUUCACCAAGCUGAUCCUGAUCAAAUAAAGUAUAUAUUUUAAAUCAUUGGGGGUUUUUUUUAAUACAGGAUUUAAAAUAAAAAAAAUCAUCAGUGGUGUCACUCUCUAUACUAGCCCUCCCUCCUCAAGCUUGCUGAUGCAUCAGGUGUAAACUGAGGAUAUGAAAACAAAUAUUGGAUCCUGUCAGUAAAGAAUGAGGACAAGAUGUCUGUUAGUGACUGUUUCAACUUUGUAACAAUUUGAACCUGUUUUCUGUCUUCAAUUCUGUUGGGGUUAACUGAAUGUUGGGGGUCUGUGAACUUUGUUUUAAGCAAGAAAAAAAACGGGAAGAAUUGAUAAAGAAAAAAAAAAAACAAUAAAAUAAGUGUUCAUCAA